CAAUCACAAUCUGUUGCGGCGAGCGCUUCGGACCAAUCUGCAUGAGCUAUGUAAAUCCUUGAACGAAGUUUCCCCAGUAGCAGCACACACUACGGUGACAGCAUUUAGCUUUUCAGAUGUUUCAUUUUCUGUUUAAUUAGCUAGCAACGUCAAGAAGGUUUUGAUAGCUAGGUGCCGCCGACGAAUAAUUGAAGAGCAUCGUUUUCGCUAUGUUUGCGCCAAGAGGUUCCCAUUAACCGGUUAUUAAAGCUGAUGGCUCACUGCUAACAGCUAGCAUAGCUAUCUAACGAUUUCGCCGGUACGUUACAGCCUCUUUGUCUGACAGGGGGAGGCGUGCUCUUUUGUUAGCCUUUUCCCUUUGUCCAUUCGGGAAAGAGGAACUAUUGGGUCAGUAUUUCGCAAUUAUCUGCAGCUCUAAAAGUAUUUAGAAAAUGCAAAUCGCGAAAAAAUACCUCACAGAAGGCCUAAUUCAGUUGACGAUCUUACUUAGUUUGAUUGGAGUUCGUGUGGAUAUCGACAGCUACUUAAGCGGCUAUUAUACGCCUCUGAUAGAGAUUAGCGUGGGUCCUAGCUCAGCCUACACCCAGACACCCUUUCAUAAUUUGAGAGAAACUCUUGACGGAUACAGUGUGCACCCAAAAUGUCCCGAGUUGGACUAUUUCUUUGCAAGUCGCCGGCUACUAGACGAGGUGAGGACCCUUGGCUCACCGCGGUUCCCCACACAGUUGAACGCAUGGUUGGUGCACCAAGUGUCUGCCACUGACAAGGCUGACUGUGGGCCUUCAACCAGCAACAACACUGACACCAACUCAGGGUUAGAAAGCCCCGGGGACGAAGUCAGGAAUGACAGUGAACACCUGCCUGACAGUGGCCAAGAGGUGUGCAAAACAACCCCUGAACUCGGACAAAGACCUUGUAGCGCUGGAGCCUGCGGGUUUUUUAAAGAGGAGGAGGAUGUUAAAGUUAAAGAGGAGGAAGAACCUGUCCCACUUACUCAGCUGGCUCACAGUUCCACACUGGAACAAGAGAGUCUGCUUGAAGGCAUCACUGCACUGUCUGAUCCAGCACGCCAACAUCCUCCUGCCAUUGAUAUUGACCAGCACUGGAGCAAUUUACUCUCUCUGUCUGUUACUGACCUUGAUGACCUGGACUCCCUUGUUACUGAGCGUCUGUCAGACCUCGGCACAGACAUCACCAGCGCCAUCAGCCAGGAUGUCAGUUUGCAUGAUGCUAUGGUAACCAGUGCUGGAGCAUUUGGUGUGGCGUCUGAAAGAGUUGAGUCCAGGCCAGUCACCCAACAACAAAGAACCCUCUUACGACUGGACUCGCACUCGGACGCAUCACCAGGGAUGGCAGUGGGUCUGGCUGCUCUUCCCUUUGCUACAGUAUGUAAUUUAACUGGAAAUGUGUCAUCGCAUAGUGCACUGGGCGGCUGUCUGGAUGAGGCAGUGUUUGACCAGAUCAAUCAGCUAGGGUUGGAAGGCCUGGACACCCAGCUGAUGAGCUCUCUGGAGAGCAUAGACCCACAGGUCCUCGAGGACUUGGACUCGGACUCGGGUCUCUCCUUGGAGAGCAGCUCUGGAGGUCCAGUCUCCCCAGGCUCAUCCGAGAUGUCAUCGUCAUCUAGUUCAUACUGUGAGGAUGAGUGUGGAGCUACAGGCUACAGCAGUGAGGUGGAUUCAGUCCCCUCAAAAGGCAUCAUGGACUACAACACAACAUGGUCACCAGUUGAUCUGAGUGAGAGUGUGUGGCAUGACCACAGCUACUCAUCUCCUGCUUUCUUCAACCAACCACCAGUAACACUUCCUCACAAAGGUAUCAAAGAGGAGCCUCUCAGUGAAGAUGAUGAUGACGGACCAAGGUUUGAAGACAGGGAGCUGAGUCGGGAUGAGCUGCGCGCCCGUGCCUUGUGCAUUCCGUUCUCUGUCCUGCAGAUUGUCAACAUGCCUGUGGAGGAGUUCCUGGAGGUCCUUGACGGUCAUGGCUUCUCCCCGGAACAGGUGACCCUCCUGAGGGAUAUCCGCAGACGGGGAAAGAACAAACUGGCAGCGCAAAACUGCCGGAAGCGCAAACUAGAUGCCAUCACAGGGCUGCAGGAGGAGGUGGAAAGGUUGCAUGCGCAGAGAGGCAGGCUACUGAGGGAGAAACAGCUCACAGCCAAGACAAUGGGUGCUGUGGGCCAGCAGAUAAAGCAGCUGACCAGAGACGUACUGGCCCGGCUGAGGGACAACUCAGGACGGCCCCUGAACCCAGAAAGAUUCACCCUGCAGUGCGGGGCUAACGGGAGGGUUGUAGUGCAGCCUGUAAGACGGCCUGCUGUCUCCACAGCAACAGGCAACAAAACAGACAAGAGGAAGAAGGAGAAAAAGCAAUGAUGCAGUAUUGCCAGCUGAGACUUGAGCUUCUAGGUUUUUGGAUAUUUCUGAGCUUACUUGCCUGACUCUGGUUUUGGGAUCUCCUGUUUUGCAAAAGUGCGUUUGGAUUCACCACUGUUGGGAGCCUAAAUCGAUAAAAGCUGCAAAAAGAAAAGAAACUCAGAACAUAGAUAAUUAAAAUCUCUGUAAAUAAAAUUUCUCAUGUGGAAAAAUGUAGCUUACACACUGGACAUUUUUUUGCUUAUUGAAGAUGGACAAGGCACCAUGGGCAGUUUAAUGGAUCAGCUAAGCUGCUGGUGAUGCUACCAGUCUCUUUUGUGUCUGUUAACAUUAAAGUUAAGUCUUACAAACGUAGACAGCCAGGCAUGUCUGUCAACAUGGCCAGCAGUGUGACACUUACUGGAUAGAGAUCUUGUAGGGAGGAUUAUGGUUGUUUGUUUGUUUCCAUGUAAUCUCGCCUCUCGAUAUAUCCCUACUUAGUAUAAGGAGGAGGUUGAAGAUGGUAUUUAUUAAAGUUUCUGAGGUUCCUGAAAUGCGUAUAUGCAUCGUGAGACUGUCAAGGGCAGUAUCUUUUUUUCAUAAUGGUAGGUUUAUCUCAGUGAUGAGAAUAUCGGGACAUUUGCUAAAGUUUACAGAUUUGUUUCAGAUAUUUAAAGGCAUGUAUUGUUCAGUAGAAAUUUGUACUGAAUGGUUUUUUUCCUUAUGUCUUGAUGACAUACAAUAUACCAAUGAUUAAACUGACAAGGCCUUAAUUUGCAUUGGAUACAUGUUUUGGUUAUUGUGUGUGCACAUGAUCCACAGAUGCACAUUAUCAUAACAAACAUGUUUUUUAGGAGGCUACCAUCUAAUUUUUUUUCAAUAAUAUUGAAUAAUUUGUUUCAAGCACAAUUUUUCUUAACCCUUUUAUUUCAGUUACAUAAGCGUUUUGGCAAGAUUAUAUUCUACCUCACGCCUUAGUUUGUUAUAGAUUUUGGCUAAAUACAACAAUUUCCUUUUUAGGGGAACUUAAAUGCACUCAUUAACUACAAAUUCAUUAUUUAAAUGGCCCUAAACCAUCCCAUUUCCU